CCUCCUUUUGAUUCUUUUGAUCCGAAUCACUAUCAGACACAGACACCUACAGACCCAGGAACAGAUAGAAUCAGAUCUCAUGGCGGUCUCUGGAGCAGUGCUUAACGGGCUCGGCUCGUCCUUUCUCUACGGUGGGAAGAGGAGCGCCGCCGCAUUGGACAGAGGAUUCGGCGGCGGAGCGGCCAGAGUCGGCCGGAGAACGUUCGUCGUCGUGGCUGCUGCGGCUGCUCAGCCGAAGAAAUCUUGGAUCCCCGCCGUCAGAGGCGGUGGUAACCUCAUCGACCCCGAAUGGCUCGAUGGCUCACUACCCGGCGAUUACGGGUUCGACCCGUUGGGUCUAGGAAAAGACCCGGCGUUUCUGAAAUGGUACAGAGAAGCAGAGCUGAUCCACGGUCGGUGGGCGAUGGCGGCGGUGGUCGGAAUCUUCGUCGGUCAGGCCUGGAGCGGCAUCCCGUGGUUCGAAGCCGGAGCCGACCCAAGCGCGAUCGCGCCGUUCUCGUUCGGGUCGCUCCUCGGGACCCAGUUGCUCCUCAUGGGUUGGGUCGAGAGCAAACGUUGGGUCGAUUUCUUCAACCCGGACUCUCAAUCCGUCGAUUGGGCAACACCGUGGUCUCGAACCGCCGGAAAUUUCUCGAACGCGACGGGCGAGCAGGGUUAUCCCGGCGGGAAAUUCUUCGACCCGUUGGGUCUCGCCGGAAAAAUCCGCGACGGCGUCUACGUGCCCGACACGGAGAAGCUGGAGAGGCUAAAACUGGCGGAGAUUAAGCACGCGAGGCUCGCAAUGCUUGCCAUGUUGAUCUUUUACUUUGAGGCUGGUCAGGGAAAAACGCCGCUCAGUGCUCUUGGUUUGUAAGAGAACGGCACGGUGGUUUUUUGCUUUUGUAAGGGAUGUGCCCACUACUCGUCACAUUCCUGUGAAUUUGUAAAUCCUAUCUACUUGUGCAAUUAGUAAGUAUAAAUCUAAAAAUUAUAAACAACAUUCAAAUUUUAUAUGCA